AAUUGCAUUUGGUAACCAUAUUUUUGCUUUUCAAAUUAUUAAAUAAGCUGCCAAAUUUAUUUAUAUUUUUUAAAGCACCAAAUUGGUGUUUUUUUUUUGAAUGCACGAGCCUGUUGGCUUCCUCUUUUUCACAGACCAAAAAAAAAAAAAAACCGAAAAGAAAGAAAAAAAUUACGUUUCCAAACAGGCCCUUGCGUUGGUCACCAUGAUUCGGUAACUCGCUCGACUCGUCCGAUUCGUUCUCUCAAAACCCCUUGAAAACCUUGUGAAAAUUUGCAAAACCCCUACGGUCCAUACCCGAACACUCCAGGACUGCAAGUCUGCAACUAUUGGACAUGUCUGUUUCCUUCUCUUCCCCACUACUAUUCCCUCCAGUAGCUUCCUGCUCUAAACUUAGUGGAAAUGCCCUUUCUGGGUCAUGGAGGAAUACACAAAGGAUGAAGAAAUUGGUGGUAAGAGCAGGGCCAAAGAGGAUAUCUUUUGACAAAGAAUGCAGAGGGGCUUUACUUGCUGGGAUAAAUAAGCUUGCUGAUGCUGUUUCUGUCACUUUAGGACCUAAAGGGCGCAAUGUUGUUCUUUCAGAAUCAGGGACUUUAAGAGUAAUCAAUGACGGUGUUACAAUUGCCCGAGCCAUAGAGCUUUCAGAUGCAAUCGAAAAUGCGGGAGCAAUGCUAAUCCAAGAGGUUGCAACUAAGACUAAUGAUUUAGCUGGUGAUGGUACUUCCACUGCAAUCAUUUUGGCUCGAGAAAUGAUCAAAGCUGGGUUGUUAGCUGUUGCUUUUGGGGCUAAUCCUGUUUCUUUAAAGAAAGGAAUGGAUAAAACAGUAAAACAAUUAGUCAAAGUUUUGAAGAAGCAAAGUUUUCCUAUAAAAGGGAAUGAUGAUAUUAAAGCCGUGGCUUCGAUUUCUGCUGGAAAUGAUGAGUUUGUUGGGAACUUAAUUGCUGAAGCUAUAGAUAAGAUUGGUCCUGAUGGUGUAAUCUCUGUUGAAUCUUCCUCAUCGUCUGAAACAUCUGUGAUGGUUGAAGAGGGAAUGAAGAUUGACAAGGGGUAUAUGUCGUCCCAAUUCAUUACAAACCAAGACAAAUCUACAGUGGAGUUUGAAAAGGCUAAAGUCUUGGUAACUGAUCAAAAGAUAUCAACUGUUCAAGAAAUUAUUCCUUUACUAGAAAAGACUACCCAACUGAGUGUCCCACUGCUAAUAAUUGCUGAGGAUAUCUCGAUGCAAGUACUAGAAACACUGGUCAUGAACAAAAUGCAAGGUGUACUUAAUGUUGCUGUUGUCAAGUGUCCGGGAUUUGGAGAAGGAAAGAAAGGUCUGCUUCAAGAUAUUGCUCUUAUGACAGGUGCCGAUUUUCUCUCUGGGGAUUUGGGACUGACCCUUAAUAGUGUUUCCUCAGAUCAACUUGGUAUUGCACGAAAAAUUACCAUAACAAAUAAUUCAACCACCAUUGUCGCUGACCCUUCUACUAAAGCUGAAAUUCGGGCAAGGAUUUUGCAGAUAAAGAAGGAUCUAGCUGAAACAGAUAGUUCUCAUCUGUCAAAAAAGCUCUCUGAAAGGAUUGCAAAACUUUCUGGUGGUGUGGCUAUAAUUAAGGUUGGAGCACACACUGAGAUGGAACUUGAAGAUCGGAAGCUAAGAAUUGAGGAUGCAAAGAAUGCCACAUUUGCUGCUAUAGACGAAGGUAUAGUACCUGGUGGUGGAGCUGCUUAUGUACAUCUAUUGGAACAAAUUCCAAUCGUAAAGCAGUUAUUGGAAGAUCCAGAUGAGCAAAUUGGUGCUGACAUUGUGGGGAUGGCACUUCUUGCACCUGCAAAAUUAAUUGCAUCCAAUGCAGGAGUUGAUGGAGCGGUAGUCGUGGAGAAAAUUCAGGCUUGUGAUUGGCAUAUUGGGUACAAUGCGAUGACAGGAAGAUACGAAGACCUUCUUGUAGUCGGAGUAGUUGAUCCUUGUCGGGUUGCAAGAUGUGCACUCCAAAAUGCAGUCUCCGUUGCUGGAGUAGUCCUGACAACUCAAGCUAUUUUGGUGGAGAAAACGAAGAAGCCCAAGCCACCUGUUCCACUUGUUCCUGGAAUAACUCCUUAAAAACCCAUAAAAUGGGAGGAGCCAGUAAAAAGAAAAUCGUAGAUGUGUUAGCUGCAUUUGACAUGGUUUGGGACAAAGCUUCCAAACACAAGCAGGUUUUGUGUGGACUUGAGAUGCAGAUAACAAGCUUUACACUCAGAGUUGUCAAACAGCGAAACAAAUUCAGCUUGUUAUACGAGUUCUUGGAUUUUGAGAGCAUGAAGAUGAUUUUUCAGUGGACAGGAAAAUUUUGAGAAUUUCUCCAAAAUUAGGUGUUUUUUUUUUUUUUUUGAAACAUUCCUCAACAUUAAGUUUUGUAAUAUUGAUUCCAAAACUGAACAUGUAUGCGUUCUAUUAUGUGCUUAAAUUAAUCUUCUUUCGGUAGAAUUGUUCAACCAUAUAGCUGCAUUUGACGAUCAGUCGAUUAUGGAAGUAGAAUUUUAUUAGUUUGCUUCAUUAACA